GCUGUGUCAGACCGCCUUGUGAGCUCCAUUUAUUUGCGUCUUGUUCUCACUGCCUCGAAUGCGCGUCGGUCAUGUAGUUGCUCCUCUUGUGUCUACUUCUAUCGGGUAGAUACGUAAACGACGCUCACAGUCACAGACCAGGGGUUCUCCUCCUCCAACGCGUUCCUCUUGAUCGGUUGCUGGAAUUAGUGCUUGCAAAUCAACAUCUACGUUCAGCAUGGCGUUGUCGUACGAGGCACCGAAAAGAUCAUGGCGAUAACAAGGUUGUUCUUGUAGCUGCUGGCGUGUCAGCUGGCUCUACAGCUAGACCAUGCGCUCCUUCUUGGUGCAGAAAGUGUCCUGCUCCUGACAGACCGUUCUUCUGCACAUCGGGAACGAGCACGAGCAGGAGGAAUUGUGGGGUCCAGAACGGCGGCGAGGUACAGCAGCAGGUAGCUGCCUCGAACAGCACCACGAGUAGAUCAUGUGGGACCUUCUCAAAAAGCGAUGCAAGACCACCCGCCCAACAAGAUUUGCAGAAGACCUGCAUAAAGAUCGGAGCGCGAACUACAACGGUUCUUGCAAACGGAGGUCCAGCUGGCGUUUGCGUUGCACCGUCCGCUGUCUCGUGCUUGUUAGGGCUUUGUUCUCUGCUCUGAAUUACUCCGUUCGACAGGUCGCUGCGAAUGAGAAUGCUGCUGAGCGAGACCACAAAGCCACGGCGACCACCCAGGCCGCCGACAGUACCUCUACCGGCGCAGGAGCCGCUUCGCCACCCGAGUCGGACCAAAACGAGGCAAAGUUCGAGAAGUGUCUCGCGUCGCACUACCCAAACACCCGGGAGGAUUUCGCGUACCUGCUCAAUUGCAUGGGGCUCACCGGUCACGCGGUGGAGAUCGGGGUGCAGCGGGGGGUGCACGCGAAACAGUUUCUGGAAAAGUGGCAGGGGAAAUUGCUGUACCUGGUAGACCGGUGGGAGCACGUGGUGUCGCAGACCUACAUCGACAUCGCCAACAUUGGCUCCACCGGCAUGCAGACGCUGAAGCAAAAAGCGGUGGAAGCGUUGCAGCCAUUCGGUAUGCACUGACGAGGUGGUAGCUGCGUCGGGAUCUGGAAGAAGUGAUAGCUCUACUUAUGUCGCUACUUGUCAAGAAGUGCUCGAUCAUCCUAUGAGGACUGUUUGUUAUGUUCGGUAUAUCGCUUAUUCGUUCUUCCAUCGACCCGAUUAUCGUGUCAUCGCAACAAGAUAGAAAUAUUUUGCCUUUCCUGAUAGUCAUAUACAUAUGGUGCGCUUGUUACUUCCAACACCGGCAAGACACUUUUGUAGUCCCGCCCCAUAUUUGAAGACCGGUACAAAAUUCUGCACGCGUGGAGCGAAGACGCGGCAAAGGAGGUGGCAGACCAGUCGUUGGACUUCGUUUACCUGGACGCGCGCCACGACUUCCAGGGCGUGUUCUCGGACUUGAUCGCGUGGUGGCCCAAGUUGAGGAUCGGCGGGGUGAUCGCGGGUCACGACUACUGCGACGGGGAGCUGCCGGAAGGCGAUUUCUUCGUGCAAACCGCGGUCCAAAGCUUCCUGGGCACGAUCUCGUCUUCUACCGGCGUUGAUAGGGGGGACGGUGCAGCGAGCACAACUUCAGCUGUUGGGGCAGAGGAUGGCGGGAGCGGAGCGGAUGGCGCUGGUAUAAUUUUUACGUAGCGCACUCGUCCUGUUUCAGUAAAGAUUUGAAAUUCGGAUGAAGACCCUUCUACAUUACAUCGAAGAGGGAUUCUUGACUGGAUAUAUUCCUCCGCAGAACGUAUACGUAAACCUAAACGAAAAUCAAAACUUUACUGGUAGUGUUGGACAUCUUGGAAACUAAAGAGAAUAAAGCUCGACUCCUUGUUUUUCUUUAUCAGUCCCUCGACCGUCAACUUCCCCGGUGCACGUGACAAAAGAGCCGGUGAAAUUUGUUUCCUUCUUCGUCCUGAAGACCGCGGCCCUUGACGCCCGCGUGCGGACGCAGACGUUCCGGUCCUUCCCGAUCAACCGCGUGUAUCCGCAGCACUCUUGGUACUUUUCGUUGUUUUACCGCGACCACGCGAAUUUCAAGACGAAGUGCCGCACCCUCUGCCAGUUCGACUGUGAUCGCCGCCUGCGCCAGAUUUUUCCCGAGGACUUCGCACUGCUCUCCUCGUCAACCGGAAGUGGAGGUGCCGCAGAUCUUCAUGCCUGCUUCUCGGGGGUUCCGCAAACGACGAGAGAAGGAGGUGUUGCGGGUUCGUCGUACCACGAGGGAAGUAGUAGUAGACCUACAGCAUCAACAGCUGGUCUCCAAGCCAACAUCCACGAUGGCGUGGGUAAUGGUAGAGCACUGGCAACCUCAGGUGCUAGAAACAAAGAUGAUACCACCAUCGCUGUGAAAGAAGUAAUACCAAAUCCCGCUGCACCCUCAACGACGACGCUUGCACCGAUAAAACCCUCAGCCUUGUCUUCUUCUAGUACCAAAGCACAUGCUACUGCGGCUCAUCUCGUCUCGUCCGUGGUCUCAGCAGACCACAGUGAGGACAGCGAAAGCGUGUGUAGUCGGCUCUCGCCGUCUUUCACCACGUACCGCAACGAGUGCGUCCGACGGUGCGGUGUGACCUGCGGCCAGCGGGAAACCCUGUUUCAGCACAUCCUUCAGUCCUCUGCCGGGAAGGAACUGCACGAGAGCCAGGUGUUCCGGAUCGACCCGGGGUUUUUCCGCGACGUGACGCGCGACCCGGUGCCGAGCGAGCAGGAAUUUGUGUUGAACGCGGACAAUUUCUUCCAAGAAAGGAUACGACAGCACCAGAGUGAGGAUGAAAAAGCUCUUGCAAGAAGUGGCUCUAGUAGUUCUUCUUCUUCUAGUACAACAGGCACUCCUCCUCCACAUAAUUCGACGGCGCGCACAAUAACUCAAAAGAAGGAAGAAAGCCGCCACGUCAUCUGCUGUGCCGGUCGCCAUCAGUUCAACUGGGGCACGCCAGAGACGGCUGUUGCUGGCAGGGAAGAGCUGUAA